AUGCAUAGGACAUAUUCUAUGCGCCAGUCGCGCGCCCCAACGGCGUCGCAGCUUGCGAACCCACCUCCACCAUCGUCAACUACAAAGGCCGGCCGCUUCUUCGGCAAGGCCAAUAUCGGCCACAACUUUAGGAGGAGCGCCGCUGGCGCGUUCGGGCCGGACUUGGCGAAGAAGCUGUCACAAUUGGUCAAGAUGGAGAAGAACGUUAUGCGCAGCAUGGAGCUCGUCAGCAGAGAGCGAAUGGAGGUCGCUCAGCAACUCUCUAUCUGGGGUGAAGCUUGCGACGACGACGUGUCGGACGUGACCGACAAGCUCGGUGUCUUGAUCUACGAGAUUGGCGAGCUUGAGGAUCAAUACGUCGACCGUUACGACCAGUACCGCGUCACCAUCAAGAGUAUCCGCAACAUUGAAGCCUCAGUCCAGCCCAGCCGUGACAGGAAGCAGAAGAUCACCGACCAGAUCGCCCAGCUUAAGUACAAGGAGCCGAACUCCCCAAGGAUCGUGGUUCUUGAACAAGAGCUCGUCCGUGCUGAAGCUGAGUCUCUAGUCGCUGAGGCCCAGCUGUCGAAUAUCACCCGCGAGAAGCUCAAGGCAGCCUUCAACUACCAGUUCGACGCCAUGCGCGAGCACUGCGAGAAGCUUGCCAUCAUUGCCGGAUACGGCAAGCACCUUUUGGAACUUGUUGAUGAUACUCCGGUUACUCCAGGUGAGACAAGGAACGCGUACGAUGGAUAUGAGGCUAGCAAGGCCAUUAUUCAAGACUGCGAGGAUGCUCUCACCAACUGGGUGGAGCAGAACGCCUCCGUGAAGUCUAGCCUCUCCACUCGCGCGCGACAGCUCUCUCAGCGCCGCAAGGCCGGCCGUCACCAAGGUGAAGGUGUCGAUCUCUCUCACCAGGAUGCGCCAAUGGAGAACCGCGAGUCUGGUCUGUGGAUCCCAGCCUCUCAGCACGCGGGCAACGGAUACGAAGAUGAGCAGGACGAGGAAGAGGAUGAGCGAUCUACCCAGGCGACGGAGCAGAGGGGUCGCGAGGAGGAGCGUGCCACCGCCUAA